AUGGCGGAUCCAAUCGAGAAGGCUCUGAUCGCGUUUGCGCUCUUAGCUUCUUUGUUGUUGUGCUCACACGCUUCCUCUGACGUUCCCUUCAUCGUCGCACACAAGAAGGCCUCCCUCAACAGACUUAAGUCUGGUUCCGAAAGGGUCUCCGUCACCAUCGACAUCUACAACCAAGGAACCUCAACGGCAUAUGAUUUAAGUUUAUUGGAUGAGAACUGGCCUAGUGAUGCUUUUGACGUAAUCACGGGCAGCACUUCAAAGUCAUGGGAAAGGCUUGAUGCUGGUGGCAUCCUUUCUCACACAUUUGAGUUGGAGGCAAAAACAAAGGGAUUAUUUGCUGGUGAACCAGCUGUCAUAAAGUUCCGUGUUCCCACAAAGGCGGCUUUGCAGGAGGCAUAUUCAACUCCCAUAUUGCCUUUGGAUGUUCUUGCUGAUAGACCUCCUGAGAAGAAGUUUGAAUGGAGGUUGCUGGCUAAGUAUGGAUCUCUAAUCUCAGUGGUCUCCAUCGUGGUGCUGUUUGUAUAUUUGGUAGCUACUCCAUCAAAAUCCAGCGCAAAAGGAAGCAAGAAGAAGCGUUAA